GGAGGGCUCAGGCGGAGCACGGUCCGGUUUUGAUGCGCGCCGGAGGAGCGCCGAGAAGGAAGGUGCCUCCUCUUCUCCCUUUCGGCGGGAGCAAGCGGCCUCGUGGCGAUGCCCAUCCCCAGCAAGCACCCCAACAUCGGCCGCUCGCAGAGCUGGGACGCCGCCGGCUGGUACGAAGGCAACUGGGAGAGCGAGAACGCCUUCGAGUACCAAAGGCCGCCAGGCCGGAGGAGCUCCCUGACCUACGGCGGCGAGGGCGGCUGGUACGAGCCGCCGCGAGCCAACGAUAUCAUCUUGCAGGGCGGCGCGGAGCUGAAGCAAGAGGCGUACCCGUACCAGGAUGCCGCCUUCGCCCCGGGGCCCCUCAGGAAAGGCUCCGUCCCAGACUUCACCUACUGCGACCGGCAAGCGGCCAUGGCGGCCCGGGGCUCCCUGCCGCCCCAGGAUUACUACAGCGACCCUUCCCUGUCGGCUAGGUCGCCCAAAGACCCCCGCUGCUACCGCGACCACGUGCUGAGCAGGCCGCUGGCGAGCUACGGCGUCCCCGGCAGCCGCCUCUCCUGGGACCAGGUCCCGGGGCGCCUGCCCGCCCCGCCGGAGGCCGCCCGCCUCUACAGGGACCCCAAGCCGGUCCCGGAUGGGCAGCGGCCGCGCGGCAGAGACGUCUCCCCGGCACGCUACGGCGCGGAGCCCCCCGGCCCGCGGUACGUGGCCGAGCCGCCCGCCUUCCCCGGCAGGCAGGCUUACGGCGAUGGCGUGGAGCGGCCCCCCGAGCCGGCGGGGGGCAGGCAGGCCGCCCCCACCUGCCUGGUGGUGGACCCCACCGGCGGCGGCGGCUACGGGCCCAGCAGGGAGAGCGCCGGCGCCAAGGGCCCCUACGACGGCUACGAGGCGGCGGCGGUCCCUUCGCACCCGCCGGUGCCCCCCAGCUUCCCCGGGCCGGAGGGGAAGAGGAGCUUCGACCCCGAGUUCGUGGCGCUGCUGCGUGCGGAGGGCGUCUCGGAGAGCACUUUCGCCGCCCUGCUGCAGCAGGGCUUCGACUCCCCAAACCUGCUGGCCGUGAUGGAGGAGAACGACAUCAAGUCGGUGGCUCCGAACCUGGGGCAGGCCCGCGCGCUCUCCCGCGUCGCCCACAGCUGCAAGGCGGAAAUGCAGCUGCAGCGGCAGGAGCGCAGGAGCGGGACGCUGCGCCCCAGGACCCGCUCCAACAGCUUCAGCCACCGCGGCGAGCUGCCGGGCGACUACGGGGCACCCCUCGGCCCAGGGCCCGCCGCGGACGGCUGUGCCGCCCCGCAGCCCCCGCCUCCGCUGCAGCCGCUCUCCCCGAGAGGAGGGGAGAUGCACCGCCGGCCAUCCAGCGCCCCGACCCAGCACCUGCUGGAGACCACCGCCUACCCUGCGCCCGCCGGGGCUCCUCAGGGGCCGCACUUUCUCCCCGGUUCUGGAUACAGCACCCCCCUGCCUUGCAACACCCACCCGCGCCCGGCCUCUGCCUACUCCGCUCCGGCCGGCGUGCCCGGGACCGCGGCCAACCCGCACGCCAGCCCCAAAACGGCUUACCCCACCACCUACACCGUCCCCAUGGAGCUGAUGAAGAGGGAGCGGACAGCCACGGCGUCGCCGGCACCCAGCCCGCACGGCAGCCCGCAGCUCCUCCGCCGGCCGGGAGCGCCGGGGGACGGCAGCCUGGCCCCCACCGGACCCGCUUUCCCUGCCCAGCUCUCCCCAUACCCGAAGCUCAGCAGGCGCACGGGGCCCCCCGUCAUCGUCUCCACCAUGGCGUCACCUGAACCAAGUAUUCGCCCUCAAAUCAUGAACGGCCCCAUGCACCCGCGGCCCCUCGUGGCACUGCUGGACGGGAGGGACUGUACGGUGGAGAUGCCCAUUUUGAAGGACUUGGCGACGGUUGCAUUCUGUGACGCACAAUCAACUCAGGAGAUUCACGAGAAGGUAUUAAAUGAAGCUGUUGGGGCGAUGAUGUACCACACCAUCACGUUGACUCGAGAAGAUCUAGAGAAGUUCAAGGCCUUACGGGUCAUUGUUCGAAUAGGCAGUGGCUACGACAACAUUGACAUCAAAGCCGCGGGGGAGCUUGGGAUCGCCGUCUGCAACAUCCCCUCGGCCGCCGUGGAGGAGACGGCCGACUCCACCGUCUGCCACGUCCUCAACCUCUACCGACGAAACACGUGGCUUUACCAGGCGCUGCGGGAAGGCACGCGGGUGCAGAGCGUGGAGCAGAUCCGGGAGGUGGCCUCCGGUGCCGCCCGCAUCAGGGGGGAAACGCUCGGCCUCAUCGGCUUCGGUCGCACUGCGCAGGCAGUCGCGGUCCGAGCCAAAGCGUUCGGCUUCAACGUGAUAUUUUAUGACCCGUACCUGCAGGACGGGAUAGAGAGAUCCCUGGGCGUCCAGCGGGUCUACACGCUCCAGGACCUGCUCUAUCAGAGCGAUUGUGUCUCGUUGCACUGUAACCUUAACGAACAUAACCACCACCUUAUCAACGACUUCACGAUUAAGCAGAUGAGGCAGGGAGCGUUCCUGGUGAACACGGCGCGCGGGGGGCUGGUGGACGAGAAGGCCUUAACUCAAGCCCUGAAGGAAGGACGGAUACGAGGGGCUGCGCUUGACGUGCACGAGUCUGAACCGUUUAGUUUUGCUCAAGGCCCGUUGAAAGAUGCUCCUAAUUUAAUUUGUACUCCCCACACCGCUUGGUACAGCGAGCAGGCGUCACUAGAGAUGAGAGAAGCUGCUGCUACUGAAAUACGGCGUGCGAUCACAGGGCGCAUCCCAGAAAGCCUAAGAAACUGCGUGAAUAAGGAAUUCUUUGUCACAACAGCUCCGUGGUCAGUAAUAGAUCAGCAAGCAAUUCAUCCAGAGCUCAAUGGUGCCACGUACAGGUAUCCCCCUGGGAUGGUCAGUGUCGCACCAGGAGGAAUACCGGCAGCUAUGGAGGGCAUCAUUCCCGGAGGCAUCCCUGUUACUCACAAUCUUCCCACAGUGGCACAUCCUUCCCAAGCUCCGUCUCCUAACCAGCCCACAAAACACGGGGACAACAGGGAACAUCCCAACGAGCAAUAGCAGAUAAUUUAAAAAUCAUUCAAUAAACUUAGGACCAAGAGACAUUGGAAAAGAAGUUAUACAUGAACUAAAAAAGAAUUUGAUACGAAAUUUGUAAUGUUGAUUUUGGACAGACGCAUCAUUGAUGUUCCAGUGUUAACAACAAAGUGAUAGCAGUCAAGACUGGGGAGAAGCCCUGAAGAAGUCACCUGCUUACUGAAGCGCUGAAAACUAGGAUGUGAUACAUUAAUGAUCAACUUCUGUUAUUGUGUGUUAAGUUUCCUUCAUCUGUGCAUCAAUCACAUGAAUAAAAAAUAGAUUUUUUUUUUUUUUUCCCCUCAAUUCCUUGGGAAGGACAGGGCUUCUGCACCUGUUUUCAAACCAUUGCAUUAAGCCAUCUUUACAGAGUUAACAUAGAAAUGUUAGAGGAAACCAUUAUGUGGCUUCAGCCCUUUCCUUACUCUUGUAUCUGGUUACCUCUUCUAACGGGAGGCGUCAGUACUGGCUUAGACUUGGAAGAAAAAAAAAUUAAUAAUCCUUUUUGCAGUCUCACAGGGCCAGUGACGUGUAACAGAAGUUCUCCUGCCAGGUUUAAGUUCUAGCCAUUCCAGCCGGGAUCCGUGGGAUGGGGAGGGCAGAAAGGGCUCCUGGCAACGGCCGCUGCCCUCCCAGGCUAAUGAAAAAACAAACUGCCAGUCUCUUCUCUGCCCAAUACACUGAAUAAAGUAGCUGUGCAUUCACCUACGCCCUGCAAUGAUGCAAAAAAAAAAAAAAAAAAAAAAAAAAAAAAAAAAGAAGAAAGUAUUAAGUUUCACACACUAUUUGUACUCAAAUAUAUUUUCUCAGUUUUAAAUCUGCAGCUAUUUUAUCAAGUGGAAAAAGUCUUGAGCUGGAAAGGGUUCAAGAAUAAUGUUGCAUUUCCUUAUGUCUCAGGAAACACUUUUUAUGGUAACUUGUCAGACUGUCUAUGAACAAAACCCACUUUUUUAGACAUUGAUAAAAGUCUUCUUUUCUUCACGUGAUAUUUUAUACAAGAACACUUCAAAAUGUGUUAUUAGAUGUGACUGAUUUUAACAAAUCCUAUUAGAUUUGUAUCAGCUAGUUACAUGUUAUAUUCAUAGUCUUUUGUGAAUCAUCGCCUUUUUGUUUUUAAAAAGAUGGCCUAUUUUGAGCCUUUGUAUGGGUACAUUCCUGUUUCUGUGACAAAAAAAAAAAAAUCUUAAGCUGUCCCAAACAGAAAAAAAAAAAAACAAUGGCUAUCAGAAGUAUGUUUUGUUUUAGUGUGUUACCGUUAUUGUAUUUGUUUAUUGUAAAGGUGGACAUUUAGCGUUCAGUGCAGUUUUCAAUAAAAAGUGAUAAAAUUUC